CUGUCAGCUGACCGGGCGUCUCGGAGGGAAGGAGAGGCAGACAUUUUGAAUCGGAGAAGGGAGGCGCGCGAGAGCAGCAGGAGAGCAGCGCGGCGCGCGGAGAGGCCAGCGAGAGUGCGCGUGGCGACGGGCGCCGCUAGGAAGAAGGUGGCGGUGAGGUAGUUAUAUACCAUGGCCAGAGAGGUCUGAGACACUGUCACCAUGAUUGGAGGACUUUUCAUCUACAACCACAAGGGGGAGGUCCUGAUCUCCCGCGUCUACCGUGAUGACAUAGGGCGCAAUGCUGUGGACGCGUUCCGCGUGAACGUGAUCCACGCCCGUCAGCAGGUGCGCUCUCCAGUCACCAACAUUGCUCGCACCAGCUUCUUCCAUGUCAAACGCUCCAACAUCUGGCUGGCGGCAGUCACCAAGCAGAAUGUCAACGCUGCUAUGGUCUUCGAGUUCCUUUACAAGAUGUGUGACGUGAUGACAGCUUACUUUGGCAAGAUCAGCGAGGAGAACAUCAAGAACAACUUUGUGUUGAUCUACGAACUACUGGACGAAAUCCUGGAUUUUGGCUACCCCCAGAACUCAGAGACUGGAGCCCUGAAGACCUUUAUCACCCAGCAGGGCAUCAAGAGCCAGCACCAUACCAAGGAGGAACAGUCCCAGAUAACUAGCCAGGUAACUGGACAGAUUGGCUGGCGUCGUGAGGGUAUCAAGUACCGGCGUAACGAGCUCUUCCUGGAUGUGCUGGAGAGUGUCAACCUGCUCAUGUCUCCUCAGGGCCAGGUGCUGAGUGCCCACGUCUCGGGUCGCGUUGUGAUGAAGAGCUAUCUGAGUGGGAUGCCAGAGUGCAAGUUUGGCAUGAAUGACAAGAUUGUGAUCGACAAGCAGGGAAAAGGUGGCACAGCGGAUGAUGCAGGCAAGAGUGAGUUAGGGGGCAGCGGGAAGCAGUCCAUUGCCAUUGAUGAUUGCACUUUCCACCAGUGUGUGCGGCUCAGCAAGUUUGAUUCAGAGAGGAGCAUCAGCUUCAUUCCUCCAGAUGGGGAAUAUGAGCUCAUGAGGUACCGCACGACCAAGGACAUCAUUCUGCCCUUCAGGGUCAUCCCACUGGUUAGAGAGGUGGGCCGCACGAAGUUAGAGGUCAAGGUGGUCAUCAAAUCUAACUUCAAGCCCUCAUUGUUGGCGCAGAAGAUUGAGGUCCGCAUCCCCACCCCACUCAACACCAGUGGGGUACAGGUGAUUUGCAUGAAGGGCAAAGCCAAGUACAAGGCCAGUGAGAACGCCAUAGUGUGGAAGAUCAAGCGCAUGGCAGGGAUGAAGGAGUCUCAGAUCAGCGCUGAGAUCGAGCUGCUGCCCACCAAUGACAAGAAGAAGUGGGCUCGCCCCCCCAUCUCCAUGAACUUUGAGGUCCCCUUCGCUCCUUCUGGACUCAAGGUGCGCUACCUGAAGGUCUUUGAGCCGAAGCUGAACUACAGCGACCACGAUGUGAUCAAAUGGGUUCGCUACAUUGGUCGUAGCGGCAUCUACGAGACACGCUGCUAGCGGUCAGAUUGAGAGGAGGGAGGAGCCACAGAGCAGUUGCUCUUCUGCUUCCCCCCAUUAUUCAACAGUUAUGCGACAGGGUUAGAAACAAGACAAAACACUGAGAUGUGAAAUAAGGGGCAAAUGCGUGUGUUUAAAAUAAAAAAAAAAAAAAAAAGAUGGUGCGUUAGGAUGCAAAUUCUAACGCAAAGUUGCUCUAUUGCUCCAUGAAUGGCUUGCUUUGCUUACAUAGAAGAUGCAUCAUGUGUCUCCUCUGUUUCCAUUUGCCUUGGAUUUGAGCCCAUGGCUUCCUACCCUCUGACCUACCCCUUCCCUGCUUCACUGGCCCACCCCUCCUACCCAUUGGGUGUUUUAUUAAAAUGCAGCUUUCCCUUCAGCAUAUAGCGACCCCUUCCCCUCUCUCUUACCUUGGCUAUAGUAAUCAUAUUGUAGGAUGUAGUAUUUAGUUACUGGACUUUGAAAAUGUAGUCAUGAUUUCCAUUAAUUUUGUAUGUCCAGUUUACAGCCACCCUCAGUUGUUGGUGAAAGGGAUCCAGGUUGUGUGUUCUAUACCCAAAGUGUGGUGCAUCACCCCAUUGGUGUCCAUAUUCUAUGCUCUCAUUCCUCCCUUUAUAGCUCUUUAUGUUGACACUAACGGUGGUUAUUUCACAGCGGUGGUCCCAUUUUUCAUGUCAGUGCUACACCUUUUAUUGUGACCAAUUUUUUCUUUUUUUUUUUUUUUUUUUUUUUUUGUGGAACACAAA